CAUGUGCAUCCACUAUGGUCGAUUGAUUCUACAGCUUGUUGAAUACUUGUAGGCAAUUGACACGAUUCUGCUUCAGUCCAAUAGGCCGUUUCACAAAAUUGGCCGGUCAGAGAGUUUUGUUUCAACCAGUCAUUUGGCAUCUCCAAAACCGUCACGCUCUCCACACAUUAUAAAUGUGGCGUUCGUGUCGACGAGACGAGGCUUGAAGCGGCUCGCUCAUGGGGGCAGCAAGGCCAGAGAGCUAUAGCUAGCCAAGAUUCUCCAGUGAGAUUCUCAGCUGUCCCCGGCCGUUCGUCCGUCCAAGGAAGGAGAGCCAUGGUGGGAACCUCCUCCUGGUCAUCGUCCUCGACGUGCACGUCGUCGCUCGGCUCUCUCGACGACGACGUCGUCGUCGCGUGCGUCGUCAAGGCAGCGGACGCCGCAGCCGAGGGGACGUUCGUCAAGUUCCUCUGCAGCUACGGCGGGAGGAUCCUCCCUCGCCACGCCGACGGCGCGUUGCGCUACGUCGGCGGCGACAACCGCGUCGUCUCCGUCGACCGCUCCCUCCCUUUCCACGAGUUGCAACGGAAGCUGAGGGAGAUGUGCGGGUGGGAGGCGGUGUGCCUGCGGUGCCAGCUCCCGACGGAGGACCUGGACGCGCUCGUCUCCGUCACCGGCGACGACGACCUCGCCAACCUGCUGGAGGAGUACGACGCGGCCAGCCGGGACCGCCUCCAGCCGCUCAAGAUCCGGGCGUUCCUGUUCCCAAGGACGACGACAACGACACCGCCGCCGCCGUCCAGGACGGUACCCCAUGCCCUGUACCACCGUCAGACUGGCAGCGCGCCGUCGUGCGCAUCCCGGUGGGCGGCGCAUCAGAUGUCGUCUCCUCCCGCUCGUGUUCUGCACCAGCAGCAGCAUCACAACCGGCACAGCGGCGAGGCGCGGCCGCACCGGUACCUAGUCCAGAGUGCCAGCCACUGGUAAUAGCGAUCAGAUUGAGAACCGGGCGUGGUCUAGUAUCUGCCUACGUAACCCUGCUCUGUACGUAGUAAUAGAAGUGUUUAAUUAGCAUGUACUAGUGCUGUUGUACUGGCUUCUUUUAGAGCACAAAAAGCACGGAAUGGCCGAGAUCGAGUAAUUGAAAAUAGAACAAAACCUAAUACUCCUAUAUUAGACGGAGAUAAGGUUCAGAUGUUGAGUGGAGUGCAUGUCGAUCUGUUUGUUAGCUGAUGCCAGCGAAGUAUUUGUUUGCUCUGCUA